AUGUAUUCAUCCAUCCUGACCAUCGCUGGUAUCCUCAGCCAUCUCCUCUACUUCCGCCAUGGCGACCAUCACCUCCUCGGCGUCACUUACCUGCAGCUCUUCGUCUUUGCUGUGGCUUCGACGACCCUCUACUACCAGUACAUUCACGAUCUUCCCUGGUCGAGCGCCCUGACGACAACUUCGCACAUCUUCUUCCGCUACCUCGCCGGUCUCUACAGCAGCCUCCUGGUCUACCGCUUCUUCCUCCAUCCUCUGCGCCGCUUCCCAGGCCCUCGAGCCGCCCGCCUCUCAGGCUUCUGGUCCUUCACCCCCAAGCACACUAACCAUACCACCCUCUUGGCCCUUCAUCGGCAAUACGGCCCCAUCGUGCGCGCCGGCCCUGCAGAACUCUCACUCAUCCUCCCGUCCGCCGUCCCCGCCAUCUACGGAAAUCAAUCCGCCUGCGUCAAAGACUCUGUGUACGACCUGGUCCUCCCAUCCCAGCCACUACAGAACUGCCGCGAUCGCGCCGAGCACGCCGCCCGCCGCCGCAUCUGGAGCCCCGCGUUCAGCGACAAACGGCUGCGUGGCUACGAGCAGCGCAUCCGCGUCUACCGCCAGCAGCUCGUCGACCAGCUCCACCACUUGGCCGACACGCCCGUCAACAUCUGCAAAUGGUUCAACCUCUACAGCUUCGACGUGAUGGGCGACCUGGCUUUUGGCCGCGGCUUCGACAGCCUCGCCACCGGCCACGAACACUGGGCCAUCCUCCUGCUCGUCGAGGGCAUGAAGCAAGUCGGCCUGUUCUUUCCCCCGUGGGCCGCCCAGCUCCUCCUCGCGAUCCCCGGCGCGAGCAAAGGGUGGUGGCGGCUGCUGGACUUCUGUAGCGAGAGACUCGACCAGCGGAUCCGAGAGGGCGAGCGCGUGGAUGCCGAGACGGACACCUACUUCCCCGACAUCAGCGAGUCGCUGCUCGCGCCGUACAAGGAGCGGGCCCCCACGCUGCAGGAGCGGAGGGACCUCGACGGCGACGUGCGGCUGAUCGUCGUCGCGGGCAGCGAUACCACCGCCGUGACGCUGUCGAGUAUCUUCUACGAGCUGGUGCGGCAUCCGGGGGAGAUGGCGAAGCUGCGCGCCGAGCUGGCGCCGUAUGCGACCGGUGCGGACGAUGGCGAGUUUCUGGGCUCGCAGAUCGCCCACCUGGACCACUUGAACGGGGUGAUCAAUGAGGCACUGAGGUUGUAUCCGCCCGUGCCGGGACUGUUGGCGCGGCGGACACCCAAGGAGGGCAUCGUGGUGGAUGGGGUAUAUAUCCCAGGGAAUAUGACGGUGUCUUGUCCGCAAUAUGUCAUGGGACGAUCCGAACUAUGCUACGAGAGGGCGGACGAGUUUAUCCCCGAGCGCUGGUACAAGUCCCCAGAGCUGAUCAAGGAUGAGAGGGCUUUUGCGCCGUUCACCAUCGGCCCGUACAGCUGCAUUGGACGGCCGCUUGCGUUGAUGAAUCUGCGGGCGACGGUGGCCAGGCUAGUCAUAACCUUCGACGUGGAGUUUGCGCCGGGGGAGGACGGGAGGGCGUUUGUUGAGAAGGCGCAGGAUAACUUUGUACUGUACCCGGGGGCCUUGAAUUUGACAUUCAAGAAGAGAUAG